AUGGCAACAUCCUCUGAUGCCGCCGGUGGUGGCCGGACAACAUGGCAGGGCGCCGGCGCCGCUGAAUUUGAUUUGAGGAGUGACACUAUGACCAAGCCAACUCCCUCCAUGCUCAACGCCAUCUGCCAGACGACCCUUUCAGACGAUGUUUUCGAGGAAGACACCGUGACAAAUGACUUACAAACAUAUGUCGCCAAACGUACUGGUCACGAGGCGGGGCUAUUGGUGAUGUCGGGUACAAUGGGGAACCAAGUUGCCAUUCGCACCCACUUAGUCGAACCGCCAUACUCCGUUGUUUGUGAUUAUCGGUCCCACAUCAUUUGCUAUGAGGCGGGAGGUGUCAGUGCUUGGACGGGAGCUACAGUUAUACCCAUUAUUCCCAAGAAUGAAACCUAUAUCACGCUCGAGGAUGUUCAGAAGAAAGUGAUAAUUAGCGAUGAUGUCCACAAAUGCCCCACAAAGUUGAUAAGUUUGGAGAAUACACUGGAUGGGAUGAUAAUGCCGCUAGAGGAAGCCCGCAGGAUUACGGAGUGGGCGCACAAAAAUGGAAUCAAGGUACACCUGGAUGGCGCGAGAUUGUGGGAGGCUGUGGUGUCGGGAGCAGGGAGCUUGGAGGACUACACCAGCCUCUUUGAUAGCAUUAGUCUGUGCUUCUCUAAGGGUCUAGGUGCACCUAUUGGCAGCAUUAUAGUUGGAUCAGAAGCUUUUAUCAAAAAGGCCCGCUGGUUUCGCAAGUCAGUGGGAGGCGGCACCCGUCAAAGUGGAGUGAUAGCUUCGGCUGCAAGGGUUGCUCUGGAUGAAACCUUUGGAAAAGACGCUCACGGACAGCAAGGAAAGCUCCGAGAGACCCAUAUCAAAGCGAAACGUGUCGCAGAUAUGUGGACGAAUCGUGGUGGCAAACUAGCCUACCCCGUCCAUACUAACAUGGCAUGGCUGGACAUUGAGGCAUCUGGGCUAGGGCCCAAUGAUCUGGCCGAGACCGGGAAAGAGAAAGGACUAAAGCUCUUGGGGAACAGAAUUGUUGUCCAUUACCAGGUAUCAGAUGAUGCAAUCAACCGCCUGGGGCAAGUAUUUGACAUGGUGCUGGGAGGCCAACACAAACAGAGUGCUGACAGCAGUAAGCCUUACGGCAGCCGAUAG